UCAUUCCACCAAUCACCCUAAAGGAAGGACCAAGUCAAAGUCUUCAAUUUUCUCGUUGAGUUUCACUUCCCUCAGUUCCCAAUAUAACCCCUUCCCUCAACACAAAUCAUUAACACACACAUCCAACAACAUCGUUAUGGUAUUUAUUACAUUCACAUUCAAAGAGACACGCACACAAAACUGAAACAUCAGAAAACAUGUUCCUCAAAACCCACUUUCUGUUCCUCGUUCUUGUUUUAGCAACCACCGCCGUCGCCACCGCCAUAGACCUUGGUUCCACUCUCUCAGCCUCUUCCCGCAACCAGACGUGGUCUUCUACCGACGCCUCCUACUCUCUGGGUUUCGUCUCCGUUCAGCCACCGACCACCCCUCCUUCCUACACCGCCGCCAUCGUCUACUCCGGCGGCGCCCCCGUCGUCUGGUCUGCCGGCAACGGCGCCGCCGUGGACUCCGGCGGGUCCCUCCAGUUCCUCCGCAACGGCGCCCUCCGCCUCGUGAACGGCUCCGGCGCCACCGUGUGGGACUCCGGCACGGCGGACCUUGGCGCCACGUCAGCAACCCUUGAAGAGAGUGGCAAUUUGGUAAUUUCGAACGGCACGGGUACCCUCUGGUCAAGCUUUGACCACCCCACUGAUACUAUUUUGCCUUCUCAGAAUUUCAGUGUUGGUAAGUCUCUCACAUCUCAAAGUUACUCUUUUGGUCUUAGUUCAAUUGGGAAUUUGACUCUGAACUGGAACAAUAGCAUAGUGUACUGGACCCAGGGUUUGAACUCUUCUGUGAAUGUGAGUUUGGAUUCCCCUGUGUUGGGGUUGACAUCAAUUGGCAUUUUGCAACUUUCUGAUGCCAAAUUGAGCACUCCUGUUGUUAUUGCUUAUAGUAGUGACUAUGCUGAGGGGAAUAGUGAUGUGUUGAGGGUGUUGAAGUUGGACAAUGAUGGCAAUUUGAGAAUUUAUAGCACCAAUAAGGGUAGUGCAAGUUCUAGUGCUAGAUGGACUGCUGUGUUGGAUCAGUGUGAGGUUUAUGCUUACUGUGGGAACUAUGGUGUGUGUAGUUACAAUGAUUCAAGCCCGAUUUGCGGGUGCCCUUCGGAGAAUUUCGAAAUGGUUGAUCCAAAUGAUGCUAGGAAAGGUUGCAGGAGGAAGGCAAGUCUCGACAGUUGUCAAGGGAGUGCGACUAUGUUGACACUGGAUCAUGCUGUGAUCUUGAGUUAUCCCCCUGAGGCUGCAUCGCAGUCGUUUUUCAUAGGGAUAUCGGCGUGUAGAGGGAAUUGUCUUUCAAGUACUGGAGUCUGUUAUGCUUCUACUUCCUUGUCGGAUGGAUCAGGGCAGUGCGUGAUCAGAUCAGUAGAUUUUGUUAGCAGUUAUCACAAUCCUUCACUGCCCAGCACUACUUAUGUCAAGGUUUGUCCCCCGUUGGCACCGAAUCCGCCACCCUCUUUGGGGGGGACUGUGACACAAAAGAGGUCCAGGGUGCCUGCUUGGGUUGUGGUUGUUGUUGUUUUGGGUACAAUUUUGGGUUUGAUUGCCUUGGAAGGUGGUUUGUGGGUGUGGUGUUGUAGGAACCGUGCGAGGUUUGGAGGGAUGUCUGCUCAUUAUGCGCUUCUUGAGUAUGCUUCUGGUGCGCCAGUGCAGUUCUCGUACAAGGAGCUGCAGCAAGCUACAAAGGGGUUCAAGGAGAAGCUUGGAGCUGGGGGAUUUGGUGCUGUGUACAGAGGAACUCUUGUUAACAAAACUGUUGUUGCUGUGAAGCAACUUGAGGGCAUUGGGCAAGGUGAGAAGCAGUUUAGGAUGGAAGUUGCCACUAUAAGUAGCACUCAUCAUCUCAAUUUGGUGAGGCUUAUUGGCUUUUGCUCUGAAGGGCGCCACCGGCUUCUGGUUUACGAGUUCAUGAAAAAUGGGUCUCUUGAUGAUUUUCUCUUCAUGACAGAACAACAUUCAGGAAAGUUGUUGAAUUGGGAGUAUCGAUACAACAUUGCCCUGGGCACUGCAAGAGGCAUCACAUACUUACAUGAGGAGUGCCGUGACUGCAUAGUCCAUUGUGACAUAAAACCUGAAAACAUUCUCUUGGAUGAGAACUAUAUAGCCAAAGUCUCUGAUUUUGGUCUUGCAAAGCUCAUUAAUCCCAAGGACCACCGGCAUCGGACCUUGACAAGCGUGAGAGGAACCAGAGGAUAUUUGGCCCCAGAAUGGCUGGCGAAUCUUCCCAUAACAUCCAAAUCUGAUGUUUAUAGCUAUGGCAUGGUUUUGUUGGAGAUUGUGAGUGGGAGAAGGAAUUUUGAUGUCUCAGAGGAAACAAAUAGGAAGAAGUUCUCCAUUUGGGCCUAUGAAGAGUUUGAGAGAGGUAACAUCAGUGGAAUUUUGGACAAAAGACUAGCUGACCAUGAAGUUGACAUGGAGCAAGUGAAAAGAGCAAUUGAAGCAAGCUUUUGGUGCAUUCAAGAGCAGCCAUCUCAAAGACCAACAAUGAGCAGGGUGUUGCAAAUGCUAGAAGGGGUAACAGAGAUUGCAAAGCCACCUGCUCCAAAAUCAGUGAUGGAAGGAACUGUUAGUGGAACCAGCACACACCCGAGUAGCAAUGCCAGUGCAUUCUCCACAAUUGCAGCUUCACCACCUGUUCCCUCCUCUACAUCAUCAUUUCAAACUAGUGCUGUUUCAACCUUAACCUCAGGAAGGAACACUGAGAAGGCUACCUUAUCCCUUUUACAAUCAGACACGUGACAGGAAUUGCUUCCAUUUUCCUUUUUCAUAUGUCCAAUAAGAAUUGGUUCAAAGUCACAUUCACUUGGGAUGGGACUUGAUGCUGGAACAGCAGAAGUAAAAGCUUUGCUGGUCAACCGAUGUAUAUUUCAUUUUUCUUUUCUUUACCCUGAUCAUUGUAUACACUAUACACGUUCAAAACAGGAGAUUGCAAUGUUGUAAGUAUUCAAUUCCUGUAAUUUUUGUCAUGUUUAUAUCCGUCUGAUGAAGGAAAAGUUUUAAACUCAUCCGUUCACCGUUCCAGUUUCCCAAA